GUGCAUUGGACCCCUCAAAUCACGACUCGUGCUGUUUGUUUGUACAUGAUACGUGGGACCAUGCCAACAAAGGGUUGAACAUAAAUUUGGAGCAAAAGAAGUCCUUAAAUUCAGGAGCAAAAGGAUAGGCACGCGCAUGCUUAUGUUCUUGUAUAUGAAACUGCUUUCUCACUUUUCUGCUGCCUUUUUACGUAGUCUUGAGUUUGGUCUAACUUUCUGCGAUCAUCAAUGGCGAUCAUGUCUUCUUCCUCCUCUUCUUCUUUCUACGUGAGUGCGCCCACGAGCCCCGAGAAACACCUCCUGAACGUUUUGCUACUCUACUCGCACGAGCCUGAGACCAACCCGCCGACCCCCACAUGUCAUGAAGGGACAGGGUCAAGUCUCGAUGGUUUCGAGUUCGAAACAAGCAGGAGGUUUUGUUACGUCGAGGAUGAACCGCGAGAGGGAGGAGGGCAGGUCGUGGCUUUUGCUGAUGAGCUCUUCUCUGGUGGGAAAGUCCUUCCGCUGAAGCCUCCGCCGAAAAUGGAGACUAGUAAGGGCUCGGGGCGUUCUUCCCCUAGGACUUUAUCAAGGAGGAGUCUCUGGAACGAUGAUUUCGACCCGUUCGAGGCUGCUCUUAUGAAUGUUAGAAAGCAUGAAUAUCAGAGAGGCAGAAGGUCAGGAGAGUGCCUGAAAAGGAGGGCGAGGUCGCUAUCUCCAUUCAGGAGCUCGGUACUUGACGAGCCAUGUGAUGCUGGAUCGAGCUGGAUGGACCGAGACAUGAAGAAGCCAUUGGGAUGUACGAGUCUGAGCAGGGAGCACAUGGGGCUGACGGGACCUAAAGAAAAGGCUGUUCGGAGCCCAAAGAAGAUGAUUCGACCGAGAGGAGUUGAGUUUGCACGGAGAGUGAGACUGGUGAGGUCAAGGAAUGGUGGGGAAGUAGAGGAUGAAGGAUCCAUUAACGAAGAAAAGGAAUCGAAUAGGAGGCAGAAGAGCAAGAAACUGCCGCUGAAGAGCAGCAAACCGAUGACUGGGAAAUCAGAGAGCAGAAAUGAGAAGAAGAUUGAGAUCUCCGGUCGCUCCAACGAGAAGAGGAGGCUGUCGAAGAUGGUGAAGAUGGCUAUCGUCCACUACAGGCCCAGGUUGCUCCUCUGUUUGGGUCGCGGGCGGCAUUAAAACUCGGAAAAGUGAAACCGAUCGAAGAGGCCAAACAAGAUAACACGGAUCGAAUCCGAUGUUCCUGCAUCUGCAAGACGUGACGGAUGAUACAUUCGAGUUGUGAUUCCUUUCUGUUUUUCCUUAUUCCAAUAAUAAUUCAGAAGGCCAGAGCUGUUUCCACAUGGAGAUCUCCUUGAGAGUGUAGAGCUUUCUGAUUCCUCCAUAGAACCCGUUGAUUUCGU